CUCUUUACGAAACAGAAAAUUUUCGUGCUGUUGCCAAGGAUUUUAUAAUCGAUCCGACUCUUUCCGCAUUUGUGCUUUUGCAUUGAAAUUGCAGUAGAUUGCCUUAUUGGUGACCUUUUAAUUCUUUACCAUGCAGAUUUUCGUGAAGACUUUGACGGGCAAAACCAUCACCCUCGAGGUGGAACCUUCGGAUACCAUCGAAAAUGUGAAGACCAAAAUCCAGGACAAAGAGGGAAUUCCUCCGGACCAGCAACGUCUGAUCUUCGCUGGAAAGCAACUGGAGGACGGUCGAACCCUGUCUGACUAUAACAUUCAGAAAGAGUCCACUCUGCAUCUCGUCCUGCGUCUCCGUGGUGGAAUGCAGAUUUUCGUGAAAACCCUCACGGGAAAGACGAUCACCCUGGAAGUGGAGCCAUCUGACACUAUCGAGAAUGUCAAGGCGAAAAUCCAGGACAAGGAGGGAAUUCCCCCUGAUCAGCAGCGUCUGAUUUUUGCUGGUAAACAACUGGAGGAUGGUCGCACUCUGUCCGAUUACAAUAUCCAAAAAGAAUCAACGCUCCACUUGGUGCUCCGUCUGCGAGGUGGUAUGCAGAUUUUCGUCAAAACCCUCACAGGAAAGACCAUUACCCUUGAAGUGGAACCCUCAGACACCAUUGAAAAUGUGAAAGCCAAGAUUCAGGACAAGGAAGGAAUUCCUCCUGAUCAGCAGCGUCUGAUCUUCGCUGGUAAGCAGUUGGAGGACGGCCGCACUCUGUCUGACUACAACAUUCAAAAAGAGUCCACUCUGCAUCUCGUCCUUCGCCUCCGCGGUGGAAUGCAAAUCUUCGUGAAAACGCUGACGGGUAAGACUAUCACCUUGGAAGUGGAACCGUCGGACACCAUCGAGAAUGUGAAAGCGAAAAUUCAGGACAAGGAGGGAAUUCCUCCCGAUCAACAGCGCCUGAUUUUCGCCGGAAAACAGCUGGAAGACGGUCGUACUCUGUCGGAUUACAAUAUCCAAAAGGAGUCGACGCUCCACCUUGUCCUGCGUCUGCGUGGAGGAAUGCAGAUCUUUGUCAAGACGCUGACUGGAAAGACAAUCACCCUGGAAGUAGAACCUUCGGACACUAUUGAGAACGUGAAGGCAAAGAUUCAGGACAAGGAAGGAAUUCCUCCCGAUCAGCAGCGUCUGAUUUUCGCUGGCAAGCAACUGGAAGAUGGCCGAACCCUUUCUGACUAUAACAUUCAGAAGGAGUCCACCCUUCACUUGGUCCUUCGUCUGCGUGGAGGUUAACUAUUGCGCAUCUGAUUUCUAAUUUUUGCUUUCUGUUUUAUGAUCUGGAACAUUCGUUUCUUUGAAGUAGUUGGUGUGAUGUUGGCUUUUCUUUGAGCGCUUCAUAUUCCUUGUUGCUGUAUAGCGUAAUCUGAAAAUGUGAAUCGAAAGCCGUGUUGAGCAGGUUGAGGUAAACCUGACUGACCCACAGUACUGUUCAAAAUGAUAGAACUUCAAAUAAAAUACAUACAAUGA